CGUAGGUCAUGAGAGGCCCGUGGACUCGGGCUUGGGGCCGCAGGGAUACCAUGGUGCCGGGCCCGUGGCGACGGCGGCGGCCGGAGGAGCUGCAGGUUCCGGGGGACGCGAAGCGGGUGUGCAGGAGACUCGAGACGGCUGGGCAGGAGCGAGGCUGCCCCCCGGUGAAGGUGAGCACCCCCAUGUCCUGGAGCGGCGAGGGGCUCCCUGACAGCGGCCAGCGGUGGCCACGCGUGGGGAUUCCUCACAACGGUGGAAGGAACUCGGCCCAGCCUUGCCCGAGAUGUAUUGCGGGGGAAUCUGGACAUCUUAGCCACACGGAGAACUUUUAGAAGGUGCAAGCGGGAAGGCUCCGGUCUGGGUUCCAGCCAUCCACGUGCCGGCGAGUGUCGUGUCCUGGACGGACGUGGGCGCCCACCUGUUCACGCUGCCGCCCGUUGUCCUCUCGCUCGGGUGACCCCCGUGUCCACUACGCCAGAGCCAGGAGGACCCCGUCCCCUCAGAGGAGCCUUCCGACCGUUGUUACCUGCCACAGCCUCCUUUCAGAUGCAUCGUUUGCAUCAUGUCAAAGUUAAAAAAAGAUCCAGUGUCAGAUUCCCUAUGAGGUUUGAGGGCCCAGUGGCUCAUGGAGCUUCGUCCGGGCUCUUCCGCCAGGCUUUCCGGUUGUUUUGUGGGUGUGUCCAGGGCUGCUUGUGCUCUUUUUUAACUAAAAGACUUAUUUUUAUAUUUAAAAUACUCUAUAAUCUUAACCUGGAUUUUACUAAAUGCUGGUAUCCAAUCUGUUCCGUGUAAUUCCCCAACCGAAGUUGUCAGGCACAGGGCU